AUGGCAGUGAAUCAACUAGAAGAUGUAAUUCAAAGAUGGAGAACAAUUGAAGAUUUUAAACCGGAAGACCAUGAACUCUUUCUAAAUGCUGGCCAUACUUGCAUUGCCCAAGGUGAUGGCACUCUACUACUGAACUUCAUUAAAGACGAGGCUAAUAAGCACAUAGUGAGGUCUAUGGGCGGUGGUCUAGUGCCUGCACUGGUGAGUGAAGUGCUGAGAAAUGGCAGCAGUGCUGUUCAUUGUCAGGCUAUCCUCAGUCAACUUGUACAGAUCUGCAGAGUGAAAGAAGUUCUCAAUACUUUACUUCAACAAGUGGAUGAUGCUGAUCCAAAUGCUAUUGCGGACUCUAUCAUUGUUCUCAUGCCUCUUAUUCAGUCAGUUCUGCUGAGAAUGAGCGAGUUGAAGGCCCCUGGAUUGUCCAUGGCCCUUGAUUCACUUCAGAAACAGAUUUCAAAGUUGCCUGUACCGUACUCAAACAAACAAGAACAGGAAGAUGUGUAUGGGCUCUGCCGAUGCUGCACUGCAGUAGUGACCUUUGUACAACCCUUCGUGCAGGAAGUCAAGAAUCAAGACACAAACUCAGCGGCCACUAGUUUAAGAGCUACUCUUCUAAAGUUUUGCAUGAACAGUCUAAGGGAACCUCUCCUCCAAGCUCAACUGGACAGAGAGGAAAACACAACAGAAAUUUUACCACUGUGGAAUUUUGCAGCAGAAAUAAUGGCAAUCCUAGUAGUGAUCCAAGGAUCUCUACCAAAAAUCCUGUUCUACCAUCCUGUGAGGGGACAAGAGGACGGCAUGCUAGAGAAACAAGUCUGCCAUCCAGAUGAAUCAAAAGCUUGCAUUGCUUACUUGCUGUUUGUCCAACUUAUUGCCAUAGAUGUUUUCCCUGCAGUUUUUAGCCCUGUUUUUGUACUACAGUGUAAUAUGGAAUACAUCAAUCUUCUGUUGAGUAGAAAAGAUGAAUCAUGGAUUUUGAAAGGACUGGACUUACAUGUUAAAAGUUUGGAAAGAUUAACAGCCUGCAGUCUCCCAGUGGAGCUCUUAGACCUGAAACCAUUCCAUGAGGUUCCACAGAGCUUAAUUAAAAUUAUGAUUGAAUGUCCUAUCCAGCAUUUGAGAGGAAGAAGUCUUGUGGUGUUCCAGCUCUUUAUAGAGAAGCUUAAUGGUGAAGCUAAGCACAAAUUUUUCAGGCGCAUAAUAAAAACUAGCCAUCAUGCAGGUGUAGAAAGUACCAUCCUCAAAAACAUAAAGAAUCAAGUGGAACAAACCAGAAAGUCAAUCUACCAGGAUGGCUGGUUUGAGGGGACUCGGCUCAUCUCACUGCUCAGAGACACGAUCUGUCUCCCACAGGGCCACGAAACCGACUUGCUACAUGGAAUGGACAGGGUCAUGGAGUCUCUAAAUCUUCUGCGGUAUUUACUGAUACAGAAAAGAGGAAUUUCUACUGGAGAGUGGACAGACCUGUGUCAUAUUGCUGAGACCUACACAAAAUUACUACGUGUUUGUCUAAACAUGUCCAAAUCAUACUAUGGAAUGGAAUUAAAAAGACUUCGAGAAAACAAAAAGAUUAAAGCUAAAGAAUACAAGGAGGCAUCAGGAAAGAGAUCAGUCAAGAGCUUGAUUGUGAAAACGGAGACGCUCGGUAGCAUGCCACCAGAGGCACAGGAUAAGGUCUUGGAGUGUGCCCUGGUCACAUUUGACUUAAUGGAAAGUCUUGUGGUCCGGAUAGAAGAGAUCAGUGAGGAGAGUCAAAAAUGA